GUACAGUGCCGGGAACACUGAUUUCUCAAUUGAUUUUGAGGUGCUUAAAUUACAAUUCAGGGCUUCGCUGGAUCCUUUUAGACCUUCUUUUAUUCUCAUAAAGGGGAAAUAAGCAAAUAGCCCUAAUUUUAGGACCUCACCGAUCUAAUCCUAUCUGCUUCUUCGUUUCUUAGCUCCAAUAGGCUGUGCCCACGGCUCUGCUUCCACGGAGCUUCACCGGAGAUCGUGCACUCAGGUUCACUCCGGCACCUAGAAUUCUUGGCUCAAGCAAUAGGGUUCUCUUCCUCUUGCCUUGGUUACUGUAUUUUCCAUCUCAUGCGCCUAUUUAUUUCUUUUUCCGAUGCUUGUUUAAUUCUAAAAGGAAGAAAUUAAACUUUGCUCUAUAUGAUUGGCUGAUAGGAGCUAGCUGCAUCACAAUUACAGAAAGCCUUCUGUGCUGGUUUGCCUUCAUGCCUCCACUGUGCCACACAACUACUAAGCAAAGCAUGACUUGGAGCUCCCACUUUGCCUAACUUUAUUGGCCAACUGCACCAAGCUGCUUCAAUAUUGGAGCUCCCACUUCACUAUAGAAAGAGCUGUAGCUGGUUCAAUGUAUUUACGGAUAGGCAACCAAUAAAGCCACAAACUCUCAAUCAAAUCUUUUUGUUCCUCAUAAACUCAGUGAUCAAAAGUCCAACACUACAGAUCUAAUAAAGACCCCUUCUUGGAAUUCUUUUCUUAAUUUUCUGUUUUUGGAAUCAAAACCCAGCUAGAUAUACAAUAACGCCCCCUAGAGCAUCAUUUCCCAUAGACUAAAAAAAAAUAACUGUCAAAUACUAAUUGUGCUUAAUUUUGCUAUAUUUGAUCAUUGGUCAUGAAACGAGGAUACUCUGAUUCUCCGUCAACCUCUGCUGGUGAUGGCCCACCUAAGUCAAGAGUCAAAUAUACACCUGAAGGUGAUGCACAUUUUUCUGAGGAUUUUGUUCAAAAGGUAGCUGACCAUUACAGUGCGAGGACAAAUCAGACUCUGGAAGAACGAGAAGCGAGUCCAAUUAUCCAUUUAAAGAAACUGAACAAUUGGAUAAAAAGUGUCUUGGUUCAACUUUAUGCUCGCCGAGGGGAUGUUGUUCUCGAUCUUGCUUGUGGCAAGGGUGGUGAUCUUAUCAAAUGGGAUAAAGCAAAAAUUGGUUAUUAUGUUGGCAUUGAUAUUGCUGAAGGCUCGAUAGAAGAUUGCCGCACGCGCUACAAUGGUGAUGCUGAUCAUCACCAGCGUCGCAGAAAGUCCUCUUUUCCUGCCCGCCUCAUAUGUGGUGAUUGUUAUGAGGUUCGCUUGGACAAAGUAUUGGCAGAUGAUGCUCCUUUUGAUAUCUGCAGUUGUCAGUUUGCUCUGCAUUAUUCCUGGUCUACUGAAGCACGCGCUCGAAGAGCCUUGGCCAAUGUGUCGGCCUUACUUCGUCCAGGUGGCAUCUUCAUUGGAACAAUGCCAGAUGCUAAUGUUAUUGUCAAAAAGCUUAGAGAAGCUAAAGGACUAGCUUUUGGUAAUAGUGUCUACUGGAUACGAUUUGAUGAAGAGUACUCUGAAAAGAAAUUUAAACAUUCAAGCCCUUAUGGUAUCAAAUACAAGUUCCACCUGGAGGAUGCCGUUGAUUGUCCUGAAUGGAUUGUCCCUUUCAAUAUCUUCAAAUCAUUGGCAGAAGAGUAUGAUUUGGAGCUAAUUUUUGUGAAGAAUGCGCAUGAAUUUGUUCAUGAGUAUUUGAAAAAACCAGAAUAUAUUGAUUUGAUGCGAAGGCUUGGUGCUUUGGGUGAUGGUAACCAAGACCAGAGCACAUUAUCGCCCGAUGAAUGGGAAGUGGCUUAUUUGUAUUUGGCAUUUGUGUUGAAGAAGCGUGGCCAACCAGACCGGACUAAAACUAAUGGUAAACGAGACAAAGGAAAGAUGCAGAUAUCAAAGGAGGACAUCAUGUACAUUAACAGCGUGUAAUGUAACGAGACAAACAAAUACGUAGGAUACAAUAAGUUUCUGACUUUCAUGCUGUUAGAACAAAGCAGCCCCCGUUUAGCCGAAUGAUAAAGAUAGGCAUCCGACAGGCUUGUUAUGUAAGCCCCCCUUAAAAAUUCAUGUUACUCAAUUUUGUAGAUUCAAAUAAAAAAUAUUGAUCAGUGGUGCCAUUUUUACAUGGUACAUGAUCUGUGUUCUCGGA